UCAACAUCAAUAUGGCGGUUUAGCAAAACAAAUCGCGUGUGUGUGUGGAAAAGCAAGACAUUCACUAAAAAGUCGGAUAAAAUGCGUGUAGUAACAUGCGUUCCAUCGUUUCUUAACUAAUUUCGGAUGAAAUCCCUCGAAAUCGUGCGUAAGCGCCGCAACCUCAGAUAAGGAGGACAGCAACACGGCUAGCCAAAGUCGGUAUCGUCCGCCUCCGCUAACCACGUUGAAAAGAAAAAGAAGAAGCAGCCAAUAUUACGUGAUAACACACAUUUGGCAGCGAGCGAAAAGAAACUUGUACCGUGCAGGCGGCCUCCGGAAUCGCUUCCCCAGAGAACAUCUCCAGAGCACAGCGGACGGCACAGGAAUUGCAGUGGCCACCGUCGUCGGCUCCUCCAGGCUUUCCCUGCUGCCCGGAACAACGUUUGAGCGUUGGGUGGUGAAGAAGGCAGAAAGAAAAUCGACUGCCCCCGGGCCACACGGGUGCGCAAAUCGGCACAAAUCGGCAGUAUUUACACAGACAACACACAUCCCAUUCGUUAUCGUGCCGGUGAAUGCAGUGCAGUCCAUUUCAGCGGGAUUAUUGAUCGAUGACGACGUGUAUUACAUGAAACAACUGACAGGUUCCUAAAGAUCACAAUCAGCCAUCUGUGUGUUUCGGCGCGAUCGACCCUUUACAAGCGGAUCUUUGCCAUUACGGACGGGGUGCUGUGGAUGGUACAAUCGGUGUGUUGUUUCGAAGGCGUUUCAGAUUAAGCCGCAAGGAUCAGCUGCGGAGAACGAUGUUGACCAUCUAACGAUAAGCGCGAUAAGUCUAGAGAUUGUACUACAUUUCCAUCAGACCCGCGGGUGGGAUAGAGAAGCACGAAUCGGUGCCGUAACGGAACGCAAACCGCAACCCGGACCAGCGCACAGCAGUCUAUGUCAUGAAUUCGGACGAAUAUGAGCAGCUGCCGACGUCGAGUGUGCCGGCCAUCAUGACGGCCGGUGCGAUAGCGGGCGUCAUGGAGCAUUGCGUGAUGUACCCGCUGGACUCGGUGAAAACCCGCAUGCAGUCGCUCACACACAUGAAGGCGCACGACACAAUCACGUCGACGCUGCGCGACAUGAUCAAGCACGAGGGCUUGAUGCGCCCGUUCCGUGGCGUGAUGGCGGUGGUGGCCGGCGCCGGUCCCGCGCACGCCCUCUACUUCGGCGCGUACGAGUGCUCGAAGGAGAUGAUCGCGACCGUGUCCGAUCGGGACCAUCUGAACUAUAUGCUGUCGGCGACGGCCGCCACGCUCGUGCACGAUGCCGUCUCGAACCCGGCGGACGUGGUGAAGCAGCGGCUACAGAUGUACAACUCACCGUACAGAUCGAUCCUGCACUGUGCGACGCAGGUGUACCGGACGGAAGGCUUCCGGGCGUUCUACCGGUCGUACUCGACGCAGCUCGUCAUGAACAUACCCUACUCGGCGAUCCAGUUCCCGACGUACGAGUUCUUCCAGAAGCUGCUCAACAAAGACAAUAAAUACAAUCCCCCUGUACAUAUGGUGGCGGGUGGGGUGGCCGGUGCGGCCGCCUCCGCCCUUACCACCCCGCUCGACGUAUGCAAGACGCUGCUAAACACGCAGGAGGACGGUGCCGGCAAAACGCGUGGUCUCGUCGAGGCGGCGAAGAAGAUUUACCACACCGCCGGCUUCAUGGGGUUCUUCAAGGGGAUGCAAGCGCGCGUACUGUACCAGAUGCCGGCGACCGCGAUCUGCUGGUCUACGUACGAGUUCUUCAAGUACAUCCUGUCGCGCGUGAAGAAACCGAUCGCGGGCGGUGCGGCGACGGGCGGUGGAACGAGCACGCGUGCGCUGGUGGUUGCCGACGCCGACGACAAAACGCCUACGAUAACUGACCUGCGGUACAUGAUACCGGCGAGCGCUUCCGUCAGUGCCGAAGCGUCCCCGACCGGGUGCAGCGGUGUGAACAGUGCCAGCUUGCUGAUCCGAAGUCAGGAGCAGCGGGACGGUGCGGCCGGCGGUUCGGUUGGUGGCAGCGAGAAGGGUGGCAACGUGCCGGCGGCCGGGUUGAUACCGCGCGGUGGCCCCGAACUGCCGGCCAUGUCCGGUGCCGGUAUCUACGGGGCGAUGAGCUUCAACACGAUGCACUCGAAUGAUACGAACCACCUUACCGACGUCCGAAGGACGAACUAAAAACCCGGGCAAACAAGGGGAAGGGCUUGGAGCUUGGAGCAGGCGAGACCCGACGGCUCCCCGACAAACGGCACACCGACGACGGUGGCCGGCACUCGAAGUGCGCGGGACACACGGGCGCGCGGUGUGUUGAUAAGUUAAUACUAUUGUUGGUUUAGCGUUUUUAGAUGAAGCCGCAACACACAAAAGGAAACAAAAACAAGCAAGCGCAAAUCGACGAUCACGACCACGGGGGCGUCUAUGGAAGCGACAAGGGGGGGCGAACGAGUAUGUGUGUGUUUGUGUGCUGGAUCAGAACGAUAGGGUUAGAUAGACGGAACGCGGAAGCGAGUGAGAAAUGUAAUGUUUGUGUGUGUGUGUGUGUGUGUGUGAGCCCGCGCGCACAUCUCCAGAGAGAGAGAGAGAGGGAGGGAGAGAUCGGCUUCGAAGAACCACCACCUGUCCCAUGGGCGCAGUCAGUAUGCAUCAACGCACCUUACAAAGUACAGCGUUUUGUUAAGUUUACAUUUAUCCCUGGCGGAGAGGAACCGAGUCCUCGAAGAAGAGGAAGAAGAAGAAGAAGAGGAAAGCCGCGACCCGGACGAAAGACAGAACGAUGAGUGUGAUGAGUGAACGGUGAAUGUUGCUGUUGUUACCCUUUUGUGAUUUUUUUUUUAUUACCAGCGAGCAACGCACGAUGAUGGAGGCGCAUGGUCGCUGAUAGGGAAUCUCACACCCCCUUGGCGAUCGCUCGGCAGGGCGCUAUCACCUAGCACACGGAGCGCAUGUCUCGAAGACAUCGUUUUAGUGUGCCGUUUUGUGUGCUAAACCAGUACGUGCACCAUCACCACCAGCUAGCUGUACGCGAGCGUAAUGCGGGCCAAUCGCUUGCUUUGUUCCGAUCUAACUUAUUCACUAAUGCAGUGCAUAUCGUUCGGCGAUUGCGAAUGGAAUGGAGGUGCCGUUUGGAACCUGGAACGAAUAGCUUAGAGCUGCCACAUAUUUCAAAACAAAAAUUAGCCGAUCGCACAGCUAGGAACGGCCUUUCCUCCCCCCGAAAAGAUCCCCAGCCCGUACUGCAGGGAGAUAGGGUGUGGACAGGGAAGGACAGGGAGGAGGUGUAUUAUGGGCAAAAUUAUUGUAAAUCUAGCUGUGAGUAGAGAAGAUGCCCGUUUUGUCUUUUCGGUGUACUUUUAUACUCAUUAUGAUUUUGUGCUGUUUUAGGAAAAGCCAUGUAAAUGUACAGUCGGAAAAUAAUUGGAAAAUUCCGUCUCCAGUGUUCUCGGUGUGCGGUAUUUUUGGUAUUCGGUUCCUUUGCAGAAGGUCCUGUUCCUGUAUUUACUAGCUGUCCCCUUCAGCAACUUUUCACGACUUUUGAUUUUCCAAAUUUAUUUUUUUUGGAGUGAGAAAGGAGGGAAACGAGCAAAACGAUGUGCUAAGGGAAAGGAUUCUAGGAUAAAAUCAAACAAAUCAAAUUAACAUGUUAUAAAAUAAUAAUGUUCGCACACGGAACGAGGGAGCGAAAGAGAGGAUUCGACAGAAUUUCCGGACCGAUAAAUUCGCAGAGUCAAUUAUAUGCCAAGCUCAUGUGUGAGACGAAGACGACCGUCAUGGACGAGUGAGGGAUAUGUGUAUCAUCCGUUAGUAAUUUAUACCUCAGUUCUCUUUCCAACCGGCAAGCUUUGCUGCCUUUGUAUGCUAAAAUUGGUAAAAUAAUAUCCACUAGAGGGGUAGAUCCUUUUUGCUUUACUGGCUUUGCUGCCUUGGUCGAUAGGGCCAUAGGGCCAGAUAAAACAUCUCCGCGUGAAUCAGGCAAGGACCACGAUCGUUUCCGCCCCUAAGUGGUACAAAAAUGUGCGGGGCAAAAACAAACGUACGCCGUAAGGAGACGAAGGAGAGAGAAAAUCGGCAAAACGGGCACAACAGUCACACAAACACACCACACCCUCUCGUCAAACACGGAGAGAUUCGAAAGAAUAAAAAAGUACUAUUUCAACAACCUGUAUAUGCAUUGAAACAGUUGAACAACACAGAA